AACUUAUAUAAAAAGAAAAAAACGAAAGAAAACCCAAAAAAAAGAAGUUAAAAUUAAGAGAAAAUGUGGUUUCCAAAACACCAUUCCGAGAGAAAAGGAGGGAAUGGAUUGGUGGCAGUGGCCAUAGACAAAGACAAGAACAGCCAAAAUGCCCUUAAAUGGGCUAUUGACAAUAUUCUCCAAAGGGGACAAACUGUUGUUCUCAUUCACGUCAAGCUCAAACAACACGGCUCCAACUCUUCAACUUCUUUUUCUACAAGUACGCAAGUCACUUAUACAAAUUAUACACGCAUGCUGAUUUCCAAAGAACCUGAUCCCCAGACAAGGGAGCUGUUCCUUCCUUUUCGAUGUUUUUGUUCCCGUAAAGAUAUACAAUGCAAAGACAUCAUGUUAGAAGACGUAGAUGUAGCUAAAGCAUUGAUUGAGUACGUUUCCCAGGCGGCAAUCGAGAAUUUGGUUCUUGGUGCUUCGGUCAAAACGGGCUUCCUUAGAUUCAAGAUGACAGAUAUUCCUGGUAGCGUGGGAAAAGGGGCACCUGAUUUUUGCAAUGUGUAUGUCAUAUCAAAGGGAAAGAUUCAGUCAAUGAGAUCUGCCAUGCGGCCAGCUCCGGCCAACUCUACCUUACGAGCUCAAAUAAUGAAACAAUCAAGCCCAAAAUCUAAUGAGCCACAGGAGAUACAAGUUUCCCUACCUACUACAAAAGCUGCUUUCGAGAAGCCACCAGACCCACUACGAAGAUCCUAUGAUGAAAUUGAAUACUUCAGGUCUCCAUUUACAAGCAGAAGAGGGCCAAAUGGAAAGUCAUAUGGGGAACUUCCUAUGUUAGACAGUGACAUAUCUUUUGUUAGCUCUGGAAGGCCAAGUCUUGACCGCAUAAUACAUCCCUUAUUCAAUGAGAACGUAGACUCAGCAAAGACCUCUCCUAGGAUGUCAAUCGGUACAGAAUUUGACUUUAACCACAGCUUUGAGUCUUUGCCGAAUGGACGUAGGUCAGAGGAUACCUUGUCUCCAUCUGAGUUUUCUUCAUUUUCUCAAGAGAGUGACUUAUUAUCAUCUUCAUCACCAGCCAUGGAAGAUGUGGAGGCUGAAAUGAAGAGGCUAAAGCUUGAACUUAAGCAAACAAUGGAAAUGUAUAGUACAGCAUGCAAGGAAGCACUCUCAGCUAAACAGAAGGCCAUAGAACUCCAACGCUGGAAAAAUGAUGAAGAGAGGAGAUUGGAAGAAGCAAGAUUUGCGGAGGAAGCUGCGCUGGCAAUCGCAGAAAAGGAGAGAGCUAAGUCCAAAGCAGCCAUUGAGGCUGCAGAAGCUGCUAGAAGAAUUGCAGACCUUGAAGUACAAAAAAGAGUCAAUGCAGAAUUGAAAGCAAUCAAAGAAUCAGAAGAGAGGAGGAAAGCAAUUGAAGCUCUGUCAAAAACAGAUCUAAGGUACAGAAGGUACUCAAUUGAAGAGAUAGAAGCUGCAACAGGGUUUUUCGAUAAAUCCCGCAAGAUUGGAGAAGGAGGUUAUGGGCCUGUAUACAAAUGUUAUCUUGACCAUACACCUGCAGCUAUUAAGGUUCUUCGUCCAGAUGCAGCUCAAGGAAGAUCACAGUUUCAGCAAGAGGUUGAAGUUCUGACCUGCAUAAGGCAUCCUAACAUGGUGCUCCUUCUGGGAGCGUGCCCAGAUUUUGGCUGCUUGGUUUAUGAGUUCAUGGCUAAUGGGAGUUUGGAAGACCGUCUCUUCUGUCGAGGAAACACCCGUCCUCUUUCUUGGCAACUCAGGUUUAGAAUUGCAGCUGAAAUUGGCACUGGCUUAUUGUUCCUCCACCAAACAAAGCCAGAGCCACUUGUGCACCGUGACCUUAAACCAGCAAACAUCCUGCUUGAUCGAAACUUCGUUAGCAAGAUUAGUGAUGUUGGCCUGGCCAGGCUAGUGCCCCCAUCAAUUGCCGAUAAUGUGACCCAAUACCGCAUGACAUCCACUGCAGGAACUUUCUGCUAUAUUGAUCCAGAAUAUCAGCAAACUGGAAUGCUUGGUGUGAAGUCUGACAUAUACUCCCUAGGUAUCAUGUUUUUACAACUUAUAACAGCAAAAUCAGCAAUGGGAUUGACUCAUCAUGUGGAAAGGGCUAUAGAAAAAGGGACUUUUGCUGAGAUGUUGGAUCCAGCUGUGCCAGAUUGGCCCCAUGAGGAAGCUUUAAGCUUUGGUAAACUGGCUCUCAAGUGUGCAGAGCUAAGACGAAAAGAUAGACCAGACCUUGGCAACGUUAUCCUCCCAGAACUCAACAGAUUGAGAGCGCUUGCUGAAGAUAAUAUGCAGCUAACAUUGUUGGCUGGCGAUGAAAGUCCAGGAUUCAACCACAGCCAAGUCUCUGUAGUAAGUUUAACAUUGCUCUCAACCUUUGUUUCACUGUUUACAAUCACUAGCAGAACCAGCCUCCUUCAAUCUCUUUAUCAUUAGCUAGCACACAAAAUCAGCAGGAACUCUAGGUAUACCCCAAAUUCUAAGCGUAAAAGGGUCUUAAUUCCAUUCACCUACACAUUUUGGCUAGAAGAAAUGA